AUGGCUGAGCUGGGCACCCCCCAGGGGGCUCCCCACAAGGCCUGGCUGGCCGACAGCGAGAAGUCCACGCCCCCGGGGAAGUCCGGCGGCCACCCCGUGUGGUCCAGCGGCGAGGAGGCCGGGGCCGGCGACGGGGACAGCUCUGUGUCAUCGGGGCGCCUCUCUGGCUCUUCGGGGGGGCACGAACUGGCCUCGCCUCCCCUCACGCCCUGGAGAGAGCGGCCCCCCCAGGUGCGGGGUCCCCGGCGGCAGCCCUGGGAGAGCAGCCCACGGCUGGAGCGGCUGCGGAACAAGAUCCGGGCGCAGGCAGGCGGGCAGCUGAGCAUGGCCCUGGAGACCAAGCACGCCCUGCCCAGGGACACGAGCCCCCCUCAGCCCCCCAGCGCCUGGCCUCGGGUGAGCGGCUCCAGGCGCGCCGUCCUGGCUUCCGGCCAGAGCCCCAGACGUGAAGUGGGCAGUGUGGUCCGGUCCCAUGUCCAGCAGUCCCUGUCCCCACUGUGCACUGGCUCCACGGACAUCCCGAAGGACAGACGGGACGCCCGCACCCAGCAGCCGGCCCUCCCCUCCGCCGAAGCUCCUCGGGAGAGACCCAGAAGGAUGAAGAGCAAAAGGGAGAAGGUGCCCCAGGCGCCGGCCUGCAGGGGAGCCGCCCAGGACAGAGGCCCUGAGGUGGCCGGCGUCUACGCCUGGAGGACGGGACGAGCCUGGGCCAGGGAGCUGCUGGGGCCCCCGCCCGCCCGCCCCAGGCUCCCGAGCAAGGCGCCCUCGAGGGACCCGGCCCCUGCCCAGGAACUAGGUACCCCUGUCGCCUGGGCUCUGCCUGCGUGGCGGCGCCUGGGGGCGGGCACACGGACGCCCAGCGCGGGCCCCGGGCGCCGAGACCGCCAGGUGUCCACCCACACACCCGGCCUGCGGGAGCCACCUGUGGCCCAAGCCGCGACGGUCAUCCCCCGAGACCUCGGGCAGCAGAGCCAGGGGACCGGCGCCUCGGGCAGCACCACGGACUCCCCGCUGCCUCCCUCGGGAGCCAAGGAAGCGGGGCCCAGCCCCAGCGUCCCCCCGGGCGCAGCUGCGAAGGGGGACCAGGAGCCCCUGCACCCCUGCCCCCAGCCGCGGGGCCUCCUGGGCCGCCCCUGCAGCCCUGGGCGCCCGCAGGCCUUCGUGUGGCAGGGGGCGGCCGCCAGCCCGCGCCAGGCGCUGCAGGACCACCCCUGGGCCCCGUGUGCCCUGGAGCCCCGGAGCCAGAGGGACGCCUGCAGGGAGCGGAGGGCGGCCGGCCUCGGCCAGGCCCCGCCGCCCUGCCGAGCCGGGCCCCUGGUCUCCCAGACGAGCCCCAGCAUCGUGACCUUCGUCCCACAUUCCCUGCAGUCUGGGGGCCAGGAAGCCCCCUGGGGCCCAGGAGAGCCCGUGCUGGCCUGGAGCAAGGUGACGUCCGGCAUGGUGCUGGGGGACGAGGAGGCCCCGGGCAGCUUCUGCCUGUGUCUGAACAGGGCCCUGACUCACACCCAGACCGCGGACCCCGGGGACCCCCCGCAAGACCGGGCGCUGGCUGCGCCCCGCCUCGGGGACCUGCGGCCUGAGCUGGCGGCCCGCAGUGCAGGCCCAGAGGCAGGCGGCCUGCAUGGGACGCUGAGCGCUCGUGCCGGAACUGCGCCCGUCGGCGCCAUGCAGCUGAGGGCCGCGGCCUCCCUGGGGCCUGGCCGCCUGGCCGCCCCAGGAAAAGGAGGCGGUUGA